AUGGGUCACGUGGAAAAACUGGGCGCUAAGUUCCUUUUAUUCAUUGGACAUUUCCGCCUCCAGGUUCGCGACGUCCUAGCAAAUACUGCCCUUGAAAUUCAGAAGUAUUACCCAGGUUUUAUUGACCGCACUUAUGUUAUACAGCCCUUUGAUGGGUACCUUGACACCCUGGACAUUCGGGAAAGCUUGCUCAAAGAAACAACCGUACUGAAAAGCCCUGAAGAGCUCGCAUCCUAUUUGGGUGCCGACGUACCACCUGAAUUUGGGGGCAGAGGUAUGCCACUGGAUGACUGCGACAUUCUGAGCGCUAUGAGCAGUAAACCCGUUCUUCCGCCCACCACAUCGGAAGAACCCCAAGAUAAGGCCUUAAAAACCGAGUCAACCGUGGACAUAUGUGAGGGGACUACAGAAAGAGCAAUUCCGUUUCCACAUGGGAAUGUCGAUGAUCCUACGGGGGAAGAGCCCCAACCGCAGUUAAUCUUCUCAGAAGACAUUGGGCCGCCAACAAUAAUAUUGGACCCAUCUGAUCUCGAGACUGCAGUCGAGUUCUGCCCGGAUAAGAUGGGUGCGCGUCUCGUUUGGGCCGAUUCGGGUAUGAUUGUUAAGUACGGCCACGGGGUCCGGCUUGCUGAGGCAGAAGCAAUGCAUUUGGUGUCCAGCCGGACCAAUAUCGCCAUUCCCAAGUUACUCAGUGCCUACAUUCUUCAGGGGAUAUGUUAUAUAGUAAUGUCAUACGAAAAAGGGGAACCCCUCAGCGAGUACUGGGAUCGUGUUUCAGAGUUAGAGCGGCAAAAUGUCCUUACCCAGCUACGCGACUAUGUCGCACAAAUGAGGCAGAUAAAGGGUAAUUUUAUUGGGGGGAUCGACUCAUCUCCCUGUCGUGACGGUAUCUUUGAAGGAGGAUGGGGUGCCUAUGACAGUUAUUCGUAUGGACCGUACGCAACUGAGGACGAGUUUACUGAGGGGAUAGUUCAAGCCUUGAGGGAUCGGCUGCCCCCACGGCGACGAGACGGGUCGCCUGACGUUGACUCCAGGUUCUUCAACAAUGAAUAUGUGCUCUACCAGACCGUCAGAGAACUGAAGAAGAUGAAUCAUUCCAUUGUUUUCACACAUGGAGAUAUGCAUCCAGGAAAUAUGUUGGUACGUUCUGAUGGAACUGUUGUCAUCCUAGACUGGGGUUUGGCAGGAUACUGGCCUGAUUAUUGGGAGUUUUAUCGUGCGAUGUUCAAUCCACCUUGGAGACCCUCAUGGGAUACUAUGGUGGAAAGGUUCGUGCCGCCCUUCUAUGUCGAGUAUGCUAUUAUGAAGAAGGUGUUUGCGAUCAUAUGGAACUAG